AUGUCCUUAGACUCUAUCAAAGCACCUUUACAGCCUAUGCUAGAGUACAUGCUAGUGUCUAGGAAAUGCCAACACAAAUUUCUUACUAACACUCUAUCAUGGGUCUGUCGACUGGUCACCGGUGGCAAUUGCAACUCAGAGACAGUUGAGCGAAGAAAUGGCCAUGGGAGGCCAAAAUCUCCAAACCCAAAACAGAAAAUCCCCGUCAUGAUCCCAAGCCAAAGACGAAGUAGCAGCAGCACCAGCAGCACAGUAUCAUCGAACGUUAACGCCCAAACAAAAAACAGUAGCAAAGCAAGAGCAAGAGCGGUCCCAGCAGUAGUUAAUCAUCAUCUCAACCAGAAAGCAGCCGUUGAGUCUGACGGUGACCUCGCAAGAUUAAAAAGGUCAGCAAAUAAUAAUAAUAAUAAUAAUAAUAAUAUGGUCAAUGAAAGUAAUAAGGCCAAUAAUAUCGACCAAAAAGAUAGAAGCCGUAGUAGUACUAGUGGUGCAGCUGCUGCAGAUUUUGUUUCGUCGAGCAGGGCAAUGGAGGAAGGAGUGAAAAUGGUAUAUUCAAAAGCAAAGCCAACAACAGCUAGUAGCACAAGCACUAGAAGAGGUGGAGUCUCCAUUGUGUCAUCGUCGACUCAAAUUGCGGCUGGCUUUUGUAACGAAAAACCUCCUCCUAAUCUGAGGACAGAACAACGCUCGACAUCUGCUAGCACCACACGAGGACGGGGUCUAGCCAGCGCGUCGACGCACCAGAUACAGAAAGCAGCUGAUCAUCAUCAACCUGCCGCAAAACUAUUACCAAGGAGGCAAUCAUGCUCACCAAGCGUCUCUAGGGGUCGGAAAGUAGUGGAGGUGCAGGAGGAGACUACUACUACUAGUCUAAAAGGAAGAAUUCAAUUUCAAACAGGAAAUGGAACGCAAGUUUUGGGAAGUAGAAUGGUGCAGAGAGUGAUGAAUGCUAGAAAAUCAGUUACUCGUGAAUGUCAUCAUGAAGAAAAAGAUCAUAAAAAGCCCAAUUCACGGUUUCCCAUUCAGGAAAGCUCUGGUUUUGGAAGAAUAUUGCACGGCACGGCACUGCCUAAUUAA